UCUACACAAAGAGACACCUGUCAAAGCAUUCCUCCUUUUCUAGUUUGUCUCGUCCUUCCUCUCCGGCCCCUCACCUGUCUCUCCUCUACUGACCCGGUACUCCUUUUUCUCGUCAAUGCGCAGAUCAACACUCCGCAUCCUCCUCCUCCUCCUCUUCCUCCCUUCUCACCUUUUGUCCUUGCCCUUCCACCUUCCAUCCUCUCGUUCCCCUCUCUUGCGUCUGUACCGCCGACGCCGGAGUCUCCCCGUCCCCGUCCCAGCCUUCCUCCCCCCCGCGGUCGCGACAGCGUCGCAUUUCCAGACUUAUGCGUUCUAGCUCCCACUGCCUUCCCUACCCAC